AAGAAAGUAACUCAUUAAUCACAGUAAACAAUUCAGUAGUAUACAUGUGGACUGUGGAACAAGUCCACAAGCAAACGAUUGGAAGAGUAGACAGUUUCACCUGCUUCGUCGUCGUUAUCUCUAUCCUCUUUUUCCUAAUCUCACUCACAUUCACAAAAACCCCAUGUUCCUGUAUGGAAUCCGAGAAGAAAAACCCAAGUUUUUAAAUUGAAUUAAUAAGUUGAUAGCUCAAAAAAAGAGGAUAAAUUAAAGUUUCGGUGUGAAUUGUGAACCCCAUUUGGUUCAAAAAGGGGAAAAAUUGAUUCUUUUCAUAGACCCAAUUCACGGAAUUCAAGAAUUAACUAUUGUGUUUGAUUUGGGGAAAAAUGGAAGGGUUUAAUCAAGAACGGCGGAUGAACGCCGCGGCGACGGCGAUGGCGGAGGAGGUGGUGGAGGAGGAGGUAGAGGAGGAGAGUAGUGAUGAUUGUAGUUCGGAGGAUGAAGGUACUGACGAUUAUCGGAGGGGAGGUUACCAUGCUGUUCGUAUAGGUGAUAGUUUUAAUGGAGGUAGAUAUGUGAUUCAGAGUAAGCUUGGUUGGGGUCAUUUCUCUACUGUUUGGUUAGCGUGGGAUACUCUCAUGUCUCAAUUUGUAGCAUUGAAAGUACAAAAGAGUGCGCAGCAUUACACAGAAGCAGCAAUGGACGAGAUCACAAUUCUAAAACAGAUUGCAGAAUGCGAUCCGGAUGAUAAAAAAUGUGUUGUGAAGUUACUGGAUAAUUUUAAGCACUCAGGUCCAAAUGGUCAACAUGUGUGUAUGGUUUUUGAGUAUUUGGGUGACAAUCUCUUGACACUUCUUAAAUAUACUGAUUAUCGCGGACUGCCUAUUCAUAUGGUUAAAGAGCUCUGUUAUCAUGUUCUAGUGGGAUUGGAUUAUUUGCAUAGACAGCUUUCUAUCAUACACACCGAUUUGAAACCCGAGAACGUACUGCUCGAUUCCACAAUUGAUCCAUCUAAGGAUCCCCGAAAAUCUGGAAGACCUCUUAUACUUCCUAGUCCUAAGGAUAAAACCACGCUCGAUGGCGGGGCUGUGAAGGGCUAUGUAACAUCAAAUGGAAAUUUGACUAAGAACCAUAAUAAGAAGAUUAGACGAAAGGCCAAACAAGCAGCUCAAUGUUAUGUGGGAAAAGAAGCUUCACUCGGUACUAAGGCUGGACAAGAUAGCUCAGCUUCUGCGGAGUCAUCUGUCAAUGCAAAAUCCAAUUCGGACAUGUUGAAUAGUGCUAAUAGAAUGUCAAAUGCUGACGCUGCAACAGGCAGCGGGAAAGAAUAUGAGGUUCCUAAGAGAGGCAGCCGUUCUACAAGAAGGAAGCUGUUGGAGGCGGUCGACCUAAAGUGCAAAGUCGUUGACUUUGGCAGUGCUUGUUGGACUUACAAACAGUUCACGGAUGAUAUUCAAACUAGACAGUACAGGUGUCCUGAAGUUAUCCUUGGAUCAAAGUAUUCAACCUCAGCAGAUCUUUGGUCCUUCGCUUGCAUUUGUUUUGAGCUUGCAACUGGCGACGUGUUAUUUGAUCCUCACAGUGGUGAUAACUUUGACAGAGAUGAGGUAAAGGAUCACUUAGCACUAAUGAUGGAGCUUCUGGGAAUGAUGCCACGAAAAAUUGCCUUGGGUGGUCGUUAUUCACGUGAUUUAUUCAAUAGACAUGGUGAUUUGAGGCACAUUAGACGGUUGCGCUUUUGGCCCUUAAAGAAGGUUCUAAUAGAGAAGUAUGAAUUCAGCGAGCAAGACGCAAAGGACUUGUCUGAUUUUCUGGCCCCAAUACUUGAUUUUGUCCCAGAGAAACGUCCUACUGCAGCUCAGUGCCUUCUUCAUCCGUGGAUCAAUACUGGUCCGCGCCUUUUGGAACCUUCCUCGACUGAUACACAAUCUAAAGCCACCGAUGCUCUAAAGUCUGAGCAAACCAAGAAACAGAACGAAGAAGAGAGGGAGGCGAUGGAGGUUGGAAUUGGGAAAAUAGCUCUCAACAAGAACAUAAAAAAUUUCAGAAGUUACUCUGUCAAAUUCUGAUGGUUUAACCUAUGUUGCUCGGACUUUCAAGAUUGCCAACAGGUGCAUUUUUGGAGGAUCCAACACUGACGCGACGACAUUUUUAGAGAGUCCAAGCAAACAUAGGUUUUAACCACUUCAUCUCAAAUAGACGUCCAAUCUAUACCACCGUAGUAUGAACAUGCCAUUACAUCAUCUUUCUCCAAGAUGAUGUUUAAUGGCGUGUUCUACGAUUAAAUAGCAUAGGGAACCGUGUAACUCUUCUUGCCAAAAACAAGGGACCUACUACUCAUCCUAGGAGUUAUCAGGUACUAUAAAAGAGUCCCCUCUCUUUUUGUCUCUCCGAGUUUCUACUAUUAAAUAGCACUUCAGCUAUUCAAUCAUCUGCUCGUUGAACGAAUCCCAUGGUUUCACUAUGAGGAUGUUACUAGAUAAUUGUGAAAGUGAAAAGGUGUGUGUGGGGACCAAUAUAAAAGAGUCUCCCCUCUGUGUCUCUUCAAGUUUCUACUACUAAGUAGCACUUCUGCUAUUCAAUCUUCUUCUUGUUGAACGAAUCUCGUUGUUUCACAAUGAGGAUGUUACUAGGUGAAUGUGGAAGUGAAAGGGUGUGUGUUUGUGUGGACCAAUAUAACGUGUCCCCUCUUUGUGUGCCUCUUCGAGUUUCUCCUACUAAGUAGCAAUUCUGCUAUUCAAUCAUCAUGUCGUUGAACGAACCCCAUGGUUCCAUAAUGAGGAUACUACUAAGUAGCACUUCUGCCAUUCAAUCAUCUUCUUGUUGAGUGAAUGCCAUGGUUCCACAAUGAGUAUGCUAUUAGGUAAAUGUGAGAGUGAAAAGGUGUCUGCGGGGACCAAAUAUACGAGCUGCUCCAGAACAAGCAUGCAAAGGACACUGCAGAUUUUCGCGGUCCUGACCGUUUCUUAAAGCUGAAAGCAAUUUAUGAAUUCAUUAGACAAUGUACAGGUAAGGAGACAACUAUAGCACACACUUAGCUCUUCAAUCCUUGUUAUGUCUACAUAAAAUUCAUAAUGAUUUCGAUACGAUGCUUAUCGUGAGCAUUUUAAUAUAAAGUCUAUUUGUUCACACCUA